AUGUUUUUUUUCUGGGGGUUGUAUGCCGACACGCUUGUGUACGGGCCGAACUCGUACUUCACGAAGCUCGCCCUUCUCUUGGUCGUCUUACGCGUCUUUCGGUUCCACAACAAGACGAAGAUAGGGAUAUACGCCUUAUCCGUCUUCAUGACCGGGUACUACCUGCCCGUCUUCAUCCUCAAGGCACUCAUCUGCCGGCCCGUCGCGGGGUUCUGGGACACGUCUGUCGAGGCCGUCUGCUUCGACCAGCGCGCCAUCUUCGUGGCGGACACAGUCAUCAGUGCCAUCACGGAUAUGGCCGUUCUCUGUCUACCGAUCCCUGUUGCCGUGACCCUACGGAUGCCGUGGACCAGACGGCUGAAGGUCAUCGCCAUGCUUAGCGCCGGAGGCGUCGCGACGGCGGCGAGCAUUGUACGGAUGGUCAUCGUCAUCCAGCUACAAAAGUCAAACGACCAAUCGGUGGACUUUAUCCGCUUCAACCUCCUUGGAACCGCCGAGGUGAGCAUAGGGAUGAUCUGCGCGUGCUUCCCCGCCGUCAACAUCCUCUUCACGCACGGCUUCGACUGCUCGCAAGAAUCGAGCCGCAACACCGGCGGAAGCAGCACCAAGAGGAUCAUCGAGCUCAAGUUUCUCAAAGGAAGUCGGCUGCGGACCCAGCAGAUGACGGAGGCGCAGGUCGAGCCCCAGCCCGAGACCCAGCAGCCUCCCAUCCCGGAGAGGGUGGGUGUGGGCUACAUAUUCCCCAUCGAGCGUCUGAGCCGCCUCCAGUCGUCUUCGCAGCCGGGAGUCAGGGCGGCCACGCCGCCUGACGAGUGGUGUUCGCAAGUGGUUUCCUCCCCCUUCUCGGAGCCCGAUUCCCCGGACUGGGCUCGGAAGGGGUCUGUUUGUUAG